UUCUCUUAUUUAACUUAUAUAGAGAAUAAGAGUCAGUGUAUAUUACAUUGACAAAUUUAUGGUAAUUUCAUAGUGCUUUUGCAAUUUCAAGAACAAAAAUACUAUUACGCUAAACUUUGUUACAAAUGGAAAGUAAUGGCAAGAUAACAAUAGAUAAUGCGGUAAGCCCCCGCUUGAGGAAUAUGCUUUACGUACAUUUUGUGGAUAACAGUUUAAAGCAAGAAACACAGAGGAUGGAAUCGUCCGUGGAGAGCAGCAUGGUGCCUCGAAGUCCUUGGGCUCCUCCUGAAGGGGGCUUUAGAGCAUGGCUCACAGUUUUAGCCAGUUUUGUUAUUCAAGGUCUUGUUUUUGGAAUCAACCUUUCGUAUAGUGUAAUCUACUUCGAACUCCAACGAAUUUUGGAUGCUGACGGAGUCACAGACACUUCUUACAAAACAUCUCUGGUUGGUUCUUUGAGCUUGGGAAUGACUUUCGCCUUCUCAAUCCUCGCUGGCAUUUUAAUAGACCAGUUUGGAUACAAGACAACUGCAAUUAUAGGAGGAAGCCUGUGUCUAACCGGCAUGUUCUCCUCAUCAUUUUUGAUACACCAUAUUGAAGCGCUUUACUUCACUUACGGAAUCCUGUUCGGUUGCGGCGCGUCUCUUUCCUUCAACCCUUCCCUCGCGGUGCUGGGACUGCACUUCAGAAAAAGAAUAGGCUUGGCGUGCGGCAUCGUGUCUGCAGGCGCCUCCGUUUUCACUUUCUGGUUGCCACCAGCCCUUGUAGCGAUGAUUUCCGCGAUUGGGCUUGACUGGACGCUCCGAGUCAUUUCUUUUCUAAUGAUACUUAUCGUCGUUGCAGCACUGACUUUCAAUGUACCAGCCGGUGCGAGAGAACAGGGAAGUGAGCGGAAGAAAUUGGAGAUUUCUAAUAUUUUAAAUAAAGAAAACUGGAAGAAAAAGAAGUUCGUUAUAUGGACGAUCGGUGUUCCAUUAGCUCUUUUUGGCUAUUUUGUUCCGUUCGUGCACAUGGUGAAAUUUGUUUCUAUUAAUUUUCCCUCUGAUGAUGGCAAAAUUUUGAUUAUGUGCAUUGGCGUUGCAUCGGCAGUUGGACGCGUAGCAUUUGGAAUGCUUUCGGACCAUAAGCGAAUCAAUCGAGUGUUGCUUCAGCAGAUUUCCCUUUUCUCCAUUGGCGUCUUGACAAUGCUCCUCGUGGCAGCAAACGCUUGGGUACACAUGAUUUUAAUAUCCUUGGGAAUCGGAAUUUUCGACGGCUGCUUCAUCACUCUGAUCGGACCGAUCGCCUUUGACUUGUGCGGGCCGCAAGGCGCUUCCCAAGCGAUUGGAUUUGUCAAUGGAUUGUGCGCGAUCUCGGUAACUCUAGGACCAACCAUUGCAGGAAAACUUUUUGACAUUUUCAACUCUUACACGCUACCGUUCCUGCUGGCUGGCACGCCAUUGAUUCUAGGGGCCUUGGGACUAUUCUCCAUCAUGUGCGUAAAGAGCUAAUGAAGAAAUAUGAAACAACAAGCAGAAAAUUCGCUGUAAUGCUAAAUCUAACUAAAAUAAAUCAAGAAAAUGAAACUGU